AAAACAGAACGUCGGCAGUGACACUCUACUACCUACCUAGCCUACUACCUAAACCUCUUCCCCAAAAUGGCCCAGUUCCCUUCGCUUGAUCUGUUGACCGAAGUGGACGAGCUGGCCAUGUGCGCUGAGGGUAAGGGCGUUGAAAAUAGCUUCCAUUUCCUUUUCCAUGACGAUUCACUAGACUGUAGCCUGAGCGAUCGCCCAGCCACAGAUGGUAUGUUUUUGGAUGAUUCAAUGUUGGCUGUGGAUUCUAGCAGUAAUGUCCUGCUGGGCGAUCCUCUUUUCAAUUUGUCUGAUCCAAAUGAAUUGCACUUUCUGCAGCCACCCAAUCUUGGUUCCAACCCUGAGACUCUCAUCCCAGUUUCCCUUCCAGCGGACUCGACGACCACCACCACCGACCCCACCACCACCACCAGCCAGCUCGCAGGAAGCCAGCCGGAAGAGGAAGAAGAAGACCCACUAGAACUCGACCCCCCAAACUCACGGCAUGACGUAAGCAAAGCCACCCCUGAAUCGGACCACUCGACUUACGUCACAAGCAACGGUUCUGAAGGUGGGCGUUCGGGUACUGUGCGGAUCAUAGUCAACACGAGUGCCAAUUCGCCCGAUGAAAUGGUCGCCCCAGCAAUAUUGCCAAACCCAUCUCACAACUUGGUGAAAAUCCCCAAGGGUAGCCUAUGUUCGCAGGCGAUUAGAGUGAAACGUACUGUAUCUUCUGGUGGAAGAAAUGACGCUGCGAAAGCUGAGCAGUUGGUGCGACCCAGGGCCAGGGCCCACCCAUGUAAUCGACAGCAGAGAGUUGUCGGUAGUGUACGCAAAAUCUCCGAGACCACGUCUGAGUCAGGGGAUGCUUUGCUGCCAAGAUCGCCAGUUUCAAGUGAAUCCCUCGCUAUGGACAGUUCACCGUUUUGGUCCCUGCGAUCUAGGCGCCCAUCUGUGUCGUCUGUUGCGUCAGAGUCGGGGACGAAACGAAAGGCUUACGAGCUUGAGCCCUUGAGUGAUCCGCAAAUGGAACGUUGUAGGAAAAACGCCUUGAACGCUAAGAAAAACCGGGAAAUGAAAAAGGCUCAUGUGACUCAUUUGGAACGCAAGGUGUUGGAUGUCAGUCGAGAAAGGGACCAGCUGGCUGGUGAAAAUGAGAGUCUCAGGGAGGCCAAUGUCAGGCUAGAAGAACAAGUGAAGCAUCUUCGUAAUCUGCUCGAGAAUCAGUCGCCGUUGGCUGCGUUAAUUGGUAAAUUAUCACCGGCGAGUGUUGUCCUUGGUGAGGCGCCCACCGGUGAAGACGACGAUAAAAUUAUAUCUAGUGCCAGCGGGAGGUAACUACAAGCGCAGGCGGCAUCUGACACACGGCAAAGGUGGGAUGGGCUUCUCUGAUCCAGAAACUGGACAGGGACCCAUCCCAACCACACCGUUUAAGCCUCCUGCUACCUGUCUCCUCCCUCUGUGCUACUUCGCUGGCCGCAGUUCCAGAUCUCAGCUAAAGUUAAGUAUCAUAGGUGAGUCCUCUAUUUAGCCAUGCAAGUGACUUAGACAAUUUAUAUUACUAAAUUUUUGCUAGUAAAAAUAAUCAAGCUUAAUUAUACUUUGUCACAGUUAUUGUAUACCAGUUUAGUCAGUGUGAAUGUUUUAGUAUAAUUUGAAUUUGAUUUUCUGAAAUCUAGCAUCCCUUUUAUCUCCCUGACAGUGGUUACUACGCUGUUCAUCAUGUUCUUUGGUAAAUGCUAGAUGAAACCAAAAUGUAAAAUACUUUUUUGUAUACUUCUUAGUUGUGUUACAAGUGUUAUUGUUUUUAUCAUUUGAGUCAGGUUUCUAAGGCUGCAGAACUGCUAAUAUGGAAGUCCAGGGUUACUGAAAAAGUUUAACUACAGUAGCCUUUAUAGAGUUAAGGAGAUUCCAGAGGUUUUGACGGGAUGUCACCAAAAUGGUAUAUACAGUUGAAUAUUAAUAUUUGUCAAUGGUGUAGUGUAGAGUUUCAGGAUAACUUGAGUUUGUUUCUGUGAUACAGUAUGUUGUACUGUAUAUAUCUGACCUUUUUGUCUGUUACGUUACCUUGUGAGAGUAAAACAUUCAUAAUUUGAUGGAACUCGCAGUGAAGUGUGUAAUAACACGAUAGGGUAUCAGUGCUUAUGUGUUAACUGGUUUGAAAGUUACAAGUCUGCAGUGUUUGUCUUCCUAAGAAAAUUAUUUUAAAAAAGGCUAUCUGCAACAGAGCCAAAAAUUUAUUAGAACCAUGCAAGUGUUUAUGUGCACCCACAAUUUUCAUUAUUUAAAAAUUGCAUUUUUUAAUUCGAGGGAUUCUUGAGAAGACAGGAUUGUUUUGUGUGAAUUUAUAAAUUCAUAUAUUUUCAGCUGAAAAUUUGGGAGUUGGUUAUGCUCAAAUCCUGUUUGGUGUGGGUAUUGAUUUCUUCUAGACAAUUCAUGUAAGAAUUGAAAUGCUGUGCAUUGCUUUCUUUAUAAACUGUUUAAGAGACCCAAAUUUAGUUAGAUACUUGUACUUCAGGUUGUCAUUGCAUUGAUAUUACAUUUCUGAGGGUUUGUUGAACCAAAAUUAUUUUUGUGAAGCCAUUAUGCAAGGUCCUUAAUUUCUAUUCUUACAUGCUAUUGGUUUCUCAAAUUUUGAGGUGGUACCUUCAUUUAUAUAGUAUUUAAAGGUGCUCUUUGUGCAAUAUUAUUUUUCUCUGAUGAAACUAUAUAUAUCAGAAAAGGCAUUUCAGUCAUUUUUAGUGGGAAAUGUUUGCAUUUAUUAUGAAUUGUCAAAACCCAUGGUAUACACAAUAGGUGGAACUAUAAAGGCAUGUACAAUACCAUAUUUUUAGAGUUAGAGGUAUACUGUAAUGUCAGGUAGGUGAAGGAAAGGUAGUUAGCAGUUCUGUGGCAGUUAGGAGAAAACAACUACAGUACAAGUGUUGAGAACAAACCACAGUACUUGUACUGUAGUUUUUAAGUUCCAUUUCAGGGAGAUAAAAGCAACCCAAGAAGUUGUUUACAUGGCUAAGUGGUGCUCCACUCAGUUUGGGUAUUCUCCCCAUAUAAGUACAGUUUUCAGUAAUGAGUUAGAUUAUACGUAAACCUUGAACAUUUAUGUAGCAAAGAUAUAUAUGAGAGAUAUUAAUGUAUAUAUGUAUAUUUAUAUAUAUUUUUUAUAAUAAAUUUUACGAAAGGU